AAAGCAUUUGAACAACCGAAGCAGGCACGCAGUACACAGCGACGAACUCACGACGCUCGAAGGCCGCCGUCCUCCCGACCGGCGCCCGACCCUGACCCUUCUCAGUGGACUGUGGAUUAGACCUGGCGACAUGCGGUUCUGAUUCCUUCCCUUUGACCCCUACCCUUCCCCUUGCCGACUGCCGUUCCUCGGUUCUUGGACUCCUGGCAUGGAAGUUGCACACUGCUAUCUUGAUGGCAAUGCAGAUGCUGUAGAGUUCUGCCCACAAGAGUCUUUUCAACAUGUCUUAGCAGCCUCCACGUACACACUGCAAGAGGGAGAUCAUCCGAGUCGUUCCGGUAGUAUAAGCCUCUUUGAUGUCAAUGUUGAAGAGGGUCGUCUCGAUUUGAUGCACCGAGCAGAAAGAACAGGCAUUUUUGACAUAAGAUGGAGUCCUGAUGGCGGAAAUUUGAGCCCUUUGCUUGCCCAAGCUGAUGCUGAUGGUUUUGUCCGAGUGCACCAGCUUGAAUGUUCAUCUGUUGGAUCAGAGGUCCAAGGGAAUUAUUUGGAAGAGAUCGCUCAUGAUCAUGUUAGUUCUUCCAUGUGCUUAAAUGUAGAUUGGAACCCUUUAGCCACAUCCAUCACUGUCGGCCUAUCAGACGGUUCAAUCUCAAUACUUUCACUCCAUGAGUCUCAACUAAAAACCCAAGGAUGGACAGCACAUGAUUUUGAGGUUUGGACUACCUCCUUUGACAUUCAUCAACCACAACUUGUGUACUCUGGCUCAGAUGACUGCAAAUUCUGUUGCUGGGAUUUGCGACACGAUACAUCUAAGUCUCCAAUUUUCAAGAACACAAAAACCCACACAAUGGGCGUCUGUUGCAUCACAAAGAACCCAAAUGAUCCCAAUGCCUUAUUCACAGGUAGCUACGAUGAACAUCUCAGGAUAUGGGAUGUUAGAUCAAUGUCGAGGCCUGUAAGUGAGCGAUCAAUCUCCUUGGGCGGUGGAGUGUGGAGAAUCAAGUUUCAUCCCACUAUACCUGACUUAGUUUUGACAGCAUGUAUGCACAAUGGGUUUAGAGUUGUUGAUGUAAAAGGAGAUGAACCUAAAGUAGUUGAAACAUACAAAGAACAUGCAUCGCUUGCGUACGGAGCAGAUUGGCAAAAGGGAUCUUUUUGCAUAGAGAGGAAAAAUACGAAUGCAGUAGCGGCCACAUGCUCAUUCUAUGACCGGCUCCUUCGUAUAUGGAAGCCGAAGGCUGAAGCUUUUUAAUGUUGAACCCUCAAAAUCAAACAUGUUCAAUAUAGGCACUUAUUUUCAGCAUUUACUAGGACCAAGAUUGUGCUUCUCGUGGUUAUAAAAGAAUUCCAAGUGUAAGUGUGAUUUUUUGUCCAUUACGUGUGUUCUAUUUAUUGUGAUCCUGUCCUGAUUAUAAGCACCAUAGGCCCACUAGAUUCAGGGCGUAUACUUUCUUAUGUGGAUCAGUGGAUAUUCUACAUGGUGCAUGAGAAGAAUGAUGAAUUUCACACCACACAAUUUUAUAAACAUUGAAGACAGA